AUGGGAGACGUCAAGAACUCGGAACGCGUCCUGCCGCACCUUACUCCCACUGUCCCUCUGGACGAGCCCGCCCCCCAGGACCGAACCGUCGGCGUGGUCCAAGAAGAACGGGUCGACAGCAAGAACGCAGACACGGAAUCAGAGAACGAGAACUUGGCCAAGUUCACCAUCGACAUGACCGCCCUGGCGAGAGAGAAGAAGAUCGACCCUGUGAUCGGCCGAGAAGAAGAGAUCCGACGGGUCGUCCGAAUCCUGUCCCGCAGAACAAAGAACAACCCGGUCCUGAUUGGUGAGCCUGGUGUCGGCAAGACAACCGUCGUCGAGGGCCUGGCCCAGCGUAUCGUCAACCGAGACGUGCCCGACAAUCUCAAGGCCUGCAAGCUCCUCUCGCUCGACGUCGGUGCUCUUGUUGCUGGCAGCAAGUUCCGUGGUGAGUUCGAGGAGAGAAUGAAGGGUGUUCUCAAGGAGAUUUCCGAGUCCAAGGAGAUGAUUGUCCUCUUUGUGGAUGAGAUCCAUCUCCUCAUGGGAGCCGGCUCAUCCGGCGAAGGCGGCAUGGACGCUGCCAACCUGCUCAAGCCCAUGCUUGCCCGCGGACAGCUGCACUGCAUUGGCGCAACCACGCUGGCCGAGUACCGCAAGUACAUCGAGAAGGAUGCUGCCUUUGAGCGUCGAUUCCAGCAGGUUAUCGUCAAGGAACCAUCCAUCACCGAGACCAUCUCCAUCCUGCGUGGCUUGAAGCCCAAGUAUGACAGCCACCACAAGGUCAGCAUUCUCGACAGCGCCCUCGUGGCUGCUGCCAACCUUGCGGCACGAUACCUCACAGCUCGACGCUUGCCCGACUCGGCCAUCGACCUCAUCGACGAAGCCGCCGCGGCGGUUCGCGUCGCCAGAGAGUCGCAGCCUGAGAUCAUCGAUCACCUCGAGCGCAAGUUGAGACAGCUCAAGAUUGAGAUUGCGGCUCUGGAGAAGGAGCAUGACGAGGCGUCCCAGAUCCGUCUGGCCCAGGCCAAGAAGGACGCGCAGAAUGUGGAGGAGGAGCUGCAGCCGCUCCGCGAGAAGUACCAGAACGACAUCAAGCGGAACGACGAGAUCCACCAAGCCAAGGACAAGCUCGACGACUUGAAGAGGCGCCUCGAGGAUGCCAUCAACGCCGGCAACCACCAGCGGGCCGCCGAUCUCAAGUACGGCGCCAUCCAGGAGCAGGAGGCGCUGAUCAAGAAGUUGGAGGAGAAGAAGAACGCUGCAGACGUUGCCCUCAACGCCAGCGGCGAGAACACUGUCAUGGUCACCGACAUCGUGACGGCUGAUAACAUCAACGAGAUCGUUGCCAAGUGGACCGGCAUUCCCGUCACCCGACUCCGCACGUCGGAGAAGGAGAAGCUCAUUCAGAUGGAAAAGGUCCUGGGCAAGGUUGUCGUUGGCCAGAAGGAGGCUGUCCAGUCAGUCGCCAACGCCAUCCGACUUCAGCGGUCUGGCCUCAGCAACCCCAACCAGCCGCCCAGCUUCCUCUUCUGCGGUCCAUCGGGUACCGGCAAGACGCUUCUUACCAAGGCCCUUGCCGAGUUCCUGUUUGACGAUCCCAAGGCCAUGAUCCGGUUCGACAUGUCCGAGUACCAGGAGCGGCACUCGCUGAGCCGUAUGAUUGGUGCUCCCCCAGGAUAUGUCGGCCACGACGCUGGUGGCCAGCUGACUGAAGCCCUUCGACGCAAGCCAUUCUCCAUCCUGCUCUUUGACGAAGUGGAGAAGGCAGCCAAGGAGAUCCUGACGGUGCUCCUCCAGCUCAUGGACGAUGGUCGCAUCACGGAUGGCCAGGGCAGAGUCAUUGACUGCAAGAACUGCAUCGUCGUCAUGACUUCCAACCUGGGUGCCGAGUACCUCGUCCGCCCCGGCGUGAAGGAGGGCAAGGUGGAUGCCAACACCAAGGAGCUGGUGAUGGGCGCCCUCCGCAACUACUUCCUGCCCGAGUUCCUCAACCGUAUCAACUCGGUCGUCAUCUUCAACAGGCUGACGCGCAAGGAGAUUCGCAAGAUUGUCGACUUGCGCAUCAGCGAGAUCCAGAAGCGCUUGGAAGACAACGGCCGCAAGGUUACAAUCUCGGUAUCAGAAGAAGCCAAAGACUACUUGGGCAACGCCGGCUACUCUCCUGCAUACGGCGCUCGGCCGCUGGCUCGGUUGAUUGAGAAGGAGGUGCUCAACAAGCUCGCCAUUCUCAUCCUCCGCAACGCCAUCCGCGACGGCGAGACCGCGCGCGUGGAACUUGAUGACAACAAGAUUGUUGUGCUGUCGAACCACCCCGACAGCGGAACAGACGAUGAUGACGAAGACAUGUUUGAUGAGGAGGAUGUGGAGGAUGUGAUUGGAGAGGACAUGGAUGAGGACAUUUAUGAUUAA